AUGGAUACCGAACAUAUCGACACCUUCCUGGAACGGUACUUGCUCCUGCUGCAUGAGUACGCCUCCCUGAGAGAACAGCUCAGCUCCCUACAAACCGGCAUCUACCAAAACAUCGCUCGAGCAAACUUCGCCGCCGAGCGAGGGAUGCGAUUUGGCCAAGACUACUACGAUGAGCGGAUGCAAGCUUCCAGACGAUUGGCCAUCACUACGGACGACGACCAGGGUGCCCCCAGCUUCGCUAUCAAGGGGGAGGAUUCGGAGACCGAAGUGCAGGUCACUCCUGAACCAACAGUGGAGGACAGCGAAACGGAGAGCAAGCACGUUGACGAUGCCGCUGAUGGAAGUAAGAAGCAGGAGGCAGAGGAGGUCAAAACUGCUCCGAAGAAGCGCAGGGAUCCGUUGAAGUGGUUCGGACUUUUCACUCCCACGCCUCUACGACAAGCGCAAGCUCAGAGCGUGCAGGCCAUCGAGGAGAUCAUCCCCAAGCUGGUCUCUGUCAACGCUCAGAUGGCCCAGGUCGAGAUCGAAGUCCGCAGGGCUCGUAAGAAACGUGCCAAGGCGGAAGCGGCGGCAGCAAAACAGGAACAGGUGCAGGAGAGCGGCGGCGGCAGGGAGAUCGUGGCAUAA